AUGUGACAAGACAUCAGGGAGCUGUGUGCUCUACAUUGCUCCAGCAGCACUAUAGUCUGUGUGCUUAGUGACCGAGCAGCUAUCACAUCCAGAGGUGGGGGAGCACCGCACAUGCUCAGAGAUGGCGAUACAGUGAACGGAGCUCUCUGCCGGAAAUAAGCCAUCCUCCAAUCAAUGCCUCCGGCUCGCAGUCAGCUGAAUGACGCCUCCAAUCAGCGCGCCAAGGGGGUGGAACAAAUAAACCGGUGAAGAAUUGACAGAACAAUGUGUGAGGUUGAACUGAACACACGUGUGUAUGUAAAGAUGGUGCUCCAUGCUGCACACUAUCCACACAGUACAGUGAGCGGGGUUCUUCUAGGACACCACACACCGUCCUGCCUAACUCUUGUUGAUUGUGUCCCCGUCUGUCACCUUCAGCUGCCGCUCUCUCUGAGUCUAGAAGUGGCUUUGGCACAGAUAGACUCAUGGAGUGCUCUUCAAGGACUGGUUAUUGCUGGUUUUUAUCAAGCAAACGCUGGCCUUAGAGACACCAGCAUUAAUUGUGUGUCUCUCAAAGCAGCCUCUCUGAUAUCCGAAUACCAGGAGGAAGCAGUGCUCAUACUGAUGGAAAAUGAGCGCCUGUCAUCCUAUCCUGGGGUCCCUCCUCUCACAGUCUUCCAUCAGAACGCCAACAAACAGUGGGUCCCCAAAGAGAAAAACUUGGUAAUGUGGGGUCACUGGGAGGAAACUCAGCGAAUUACAAGACAACUUCUUCAAGCCAAAGCGUAUCAACAACUGAUUGACUUUGACAAUCACUUGGACGACAUUAGAGCUGACUGGACCAAUCAAGCGCUGAAUGUGGAAAUAGCAAGACUGUCUGCAGCAGCAAAUGGCAGCAUGUAAAAAGAAGAGAUACACUGGGUUCAAUUACUAAAGGUGUAGAAAAUGUUCCCAUUGUAACCUGAAUGUUUACUCAGUUUAGUAAAUAAGGUGAAGCUUUGUACUCUUCCAACUUUUAAACAUGAGCUAGUAAAUUUCCUCUAUUUUUCCCCAUUACCCUUAAAGUGGUUGUAAACCUCAGACAUGAAAAAACAUAGCAUAUCCCUCUAUAAAGUGUACUUGUCUCAAUCCAGAGCACCAAGUGUAAUCUCUGUCUGCUGCCUCGUUCCUCUGCUAUAAGCAUGUGUCACUACGGACAAGUUUUCCUGACACCAAGAGAAAAAUGGUGACAGGAGGGACCUCCAAGUGAUUGACAGCUCUGUUCCUGUGUGAUGUGUGAAACUUCAGCUCUCCGCCCCCUUCUCAUCAAUGCUGAGAGAUCCUGUGUAAAUUCUGCAUUUUAAAUUGUAGGGCAAAGAUGGCUGCAGAUAAACGGGUACAAUUGAUGUAGGAGGAUUUAAUUUAUAUUUGUGUAUAACCUGAGGCCAAUCACUUUACUGGGUAUAUGAGAGGGAUUACAAGCACUUUAAGGUGUGUGUGUGUGUGUGGCUCUCCCUGUUUGUACUAUUGUCAAAGGACCACACUGGAAAACUUUCAUUCAAUCAGUGGCUGUAGCUGCUGAUCAGUGUAUUUUGAGAGUCUCGUUGUCAGAAUAUAAUGGCCCAGCAGGGAGGGUUCCUCCAUCCUCUGCGCUUGCAUGGAUGGGAGAAUCAUGAAAAACAUAAACGAGUAUACCCAGCUUUACACAUAAUUUGUAAUGUUAGUACAAAUUUACCAUCUUUACUAAGCUCAGUGAACAUUUGCUACUCCUUUAGUUCAUCAAUCCAGAGAUGUGGGAAAAUACCUGUAACUGCUGUAUGUAUAUAUUUGUAUGUAUAUAGUAGUCAUCUAUACAGCUUUUGUUUAUGCAGCAUUUGUAAAUUCAGCCAAUAUGAAACCAUAAUGUUUGUGUAAAUUCAGAAAUGUGUCUUAUUGGAGCACUACCAGAUGCCACUAUGACAAAAUAUAUUUAUUUCAUAAUCAA